AUGGCUGUCGAUGCCGACGUCGAUGAAACAGUGGACCCGAACUCUACUACAUUCUCAGGACCCAACAGUUUGUCAAAAGAUGCACAAUUAGUCGAAUUGGCCAAAAUAUACAAGACACAACCAUGUCUAUGGAAUGAAAAGGAGAUGGCAUAUAGAUUCGCUAACAGGCGUCGAGAAGCCUUGGAGAAUAUGCUUCAAGAAUUGAACAAAAAGUUUAAAUUAAAAUUAAGUAAACGUGAUUUGGAGAAGGAAAUUUCUCGACUGCGCAAAAUAUGUACAUACGAAAAGAAUCAAAAAAUAGUAUGUCAAAAAAGCAAACGUAGUUAUAAACCGAAAUUCCCAUAUUACGAGCACUUAGCAUUUGCUGAGAUCGAUGUUCGUCCUUUUGAAUGCUCGGUUUGUGGAAAUUUACUUGCCAGCCUAAGCCAGUAUACCAUACAUAUAGCAUCCCAUGAUGGGUCGCUACCAUUUAAAUGUAUUGUUUGUGGAAGAGGAUUUCAGCUGGCAACUAAUUUAACGGUACAUUUACGAAGACACGCUCAAGACUACUACUACAGCUGUGAAGUGUGCAGCAAGUCUUUUGCAACCACAACUGAGUUAAAAACCCACAUGCUUCAACACACAGGCGAAAAGCCGCACGUUUGCGAUAUUUGCGGCAAGAGAUACCAAAUGCGACGUGAAUUUAAAGAGCAUAUGGUGCGACACGAAAAUCGUGGUCCUGGUGUUAAGUGUACAAUUUGUCCAAAGGCAUUUUAUAAUAACCGUAACCUUAGAGAGCAUAUGGCCGUUCAUCGGAACGUGCGGGACAAAAUAUGUGACGUCUGUAAUAAAGGAUUUACAAGUCGGAAACUACUUCGUCAACACAAACACGUUCAUAAUAAGGAAAAGAAAUUUGUAUGCAAAAUUUGUGGAAAACGAUUUGCGCAGUUCGCUGGAUUAAGUGGGCAUGUAAAAUCGCAUGGAAUAUGUUUAUCUGCUACUAAGAGUAAUAAUUCUGAAUAAAUCUCUAAUUCAUUUGUACUUUGGUUUAAAGAUGGAAUGCAUCCAUGACAGAAGUACUUAUUUAGUGCUGAAAACGUUAAAGGUGCAUGAAUUACACUGGCACAUAAAAAACAGUGACGUGUGCUUUUAACCAGACCCACCUACCGACAUGUACUUCAACCCGCUGAAUCCGAAUCUGAAGUCCGUUUGACUCGUAAGCGUCCUGAAUUUUGAGUCAAUUGAGAAAAUUACGAUUUUUUUUUUGCUAUUUUUUCACUACUUUUUUUGUGUGUCGGCGUAAUCGAUCGCAAAAACAGGGCCCCAAUCGCGGCAUUCGUGAUCAAAUGAUUACUCGUUUUGAAGCGAAUCGAAUAAAGUGCCCAUGCUAUCGAAUCCAUCGUGUCCUCCAUAAGAGUUACGUUUGAUAUCGAAUUCCGCGAUUCGGACCUAGUUGAUUAUACUUUUUGUAAACGAGCUAAAUUGAUUUUUCGCCACAUUGGCUCUCUUAAUAUACAGCCCAAUCCUAAAUUAUAUUUCCGCACGAGUUUUUUCUCUUUCCGCAAUCCUACUAUUCUAAAUAAAAGAGUUUUGCAGAAUAUCUCGCUUUCCGCCUAUCCUAAACAUCUUCGAAAAGUUUCGAACAUGAAAAGUAGGUAUUUUAAAUAUAAAGAAAGUGCGGAAACUCUUCGAAAUCCGUUAGAAUUAUUUCAUCUCGAAUUUUCAAGGGAGUUUGCUGCAAAAAUGUGAGUAUUUUGAUAAAAUGGAAGAAAAAGACAUACAUUUUUUGUUUAAGGUCGAAAACAACAAAUAAAACCCAAAUGGGAAUCCUUGUCAACAUGAUGGAGGAGAAUCCUGCUAUUGCGAGAGGAUUUUUUAAAGGAAAUAAGGAGGAGCUCACCCGAUUUCGGCAGAAGGGUAAUGUUGAGCUGACUGCGGCAGGCCCCCCCAACUAAAACCAUUGUGGAAUGGAAAAAGGUGAUUUCAAUGUUUCAAAAAGAGAAUCGGUGUAUGCAUGUAAAAUUGUGUCAGUAGUUUGUUAAUGUAAAAGGUACUGGAGGCAGCCCACAUAUGGUGAAAGUACUCUCCCCCCUUUAAGAAGCCAUUUUUAAAUUGAUUGGGAUGAAGCAGUCGGUAGAAGGAUUGCCCGUAAAGAAGUUUGGCCUGCAAGAUAACUUGAAUGAGAUCUGCAAUGAAAACUUCUGCCCAGAAGUAGAGUUACUGAAUGUAACCCAAAAUGAAACUUCGGAUGAAUCUAUGGUCAUCAGCGAAGCAAGUCAUGCAGAUUAUACGACUAUAAAUGUGUCCCUUGUUUCAGCAGAUUCAUUUGAAUUUGUCAGUGAAGAAGCUUCUGCAGAUAAUACUGAAGUGCCAUCCACUAGCAAGAAGGCAUCAUCCUAAAAAAAAAACGUUUCAAAAAAAGCAAGGGCCGAACUUGCUCUGACUGAGGAAAUAAAAAUACAGAAGGAAAUCUGCGCAAACAUAAAGACUGGAGUGGCAAAUCAGGACGAGUAUCGGGACAACUUAAAAAAAAUUUACCAAAGGCUAGACAAAAUAUACGAUCUUAAGAAGAAACAUUUCAAGGCAGUUGAGCUUAUGAAAAAAGAAAAGUUGGAGGAAAUCAAAAAAGCGAACGUAAUUAAAAGAGAAAAGCUAGAAGAAAAGAAAAGGCACAACUAUUUCAUUGAAGAAAUGAGAAGAAAUGAAAUUGAAUAUAAAAUAGAGAAAACUUAAAGACU